AUGUCGAUAGAGAUCAAGCCAGGCAUGCAUGUGCUGAUUACUGGCCCAAAUGGAUGUGGGAAAAGCUCGUUGUUCCGAUUACUCGGUGGACUUUGGCCAGUAUAUCGCGGUAGAGUGAAGCGGCCAUUUGUGGAUCGCAUGUACUACAUUCCACAACGCCCCUAUAUGACUCUUGGCACUUUACGGGACCAGGUAAUUUAUCCAGAUACUGUUGAACAAAUGAGAAAGAAAGGUUUGAAUGAUGCGGAUCUGUCCCAUAUUCUAAAUGUGGUCCACCUUUCCCACAUUGUGGAAAGAGAAGGAGGAUGGAGCGCAAAGAGCGAUUGGAUGGACGUGCUAUCGGGAGGUGAAAAGCAACGAAUGGGGCUCGCCAGGGUAUUCUAUCAUAGGCCACAAUAUGCACUUUUGGAUGAGUGCACCUCAGCUGUAUCAAUUGAUGUUGAAGGUAGCAUAUACCAAGCGAUUAAAGAUGCUGGUAUAACUCUUCUUACAGUAACUCAUAGGCCAAGCUUGUGGCCACAAUAUGCACUUUUGGAUGAGUGCACCUCAGCUGUAUCAAUUGAUGUGGAAGGUAGCAUAUACCAAGCGAUUAAAGAUGCGGGUAUAACCCUUCUUACAGUAACUCAUAGGCCAAGCUUGUGAGAACGACUUGCUGAACUUCGCUUGAUACUUGGAGAAGGUGGCACAGUUUCGGAUCUUGUUGACGCAGAGAUUAUCAGUGAUUCAUGA